AUGUCCUUCCCCGUAACGAACAAACAUGAAGAAUAUGCCACAUAUAAUAUUCGAUAUCUGCGUAUAUCGGAGAGGAAGGUUUUACCUUUGAUACUUUAUGUCAGGCCAGAAAAUACAGGAUGGUUCAACGAAGUUUUAUUUCAAGAAGUUCUAGCGGCCUUGCAGAAAGUUAUACCUAAAAAUUUGUCGAAAGAGAGGAAAAAGAAAACGAGUGAUAAAAAUGUGUAUCGUGGAACCAAUCUUCAAAUGGCUUACUACUUCAAACCUACCGAGACAAGGCAUUCGAUUUUACUGAAGGAUAAAAAUUAUGUUUUCUCCUCUGAAGAAUCACCGGAUGGUGAUGAAGACGAAGACGAGGAGGAAAAGAAACCUGUUUUAAAUAUCACAUAUCAGGGGUUCAGCAUAUUUCGAAAAACCUUGGUGAUCAUAGUCGAACCAUUAGAAGGGAUCAUCGAGUUCGGUAGCAAUGUCAAGGUUGCGUCCUCGAUGUCUAUCGACGACUACAUGGGUCAACAAGAUUAUUCCUCUGAUGUCGACCGAUCCGACGAUCGGUCGACUGACCAAACCAUUACCAUUGAUUAA